UGAAGUCUCCGCAGUGCCUGCUGGGCUUGCUCCGAGGAGGCUAGUGGUGCCUGCUGAAGGAAGGGUCCCUCGUUGAGCUGCUGUGGUCUCCGCCGCCUCAUGGCGGCGAUCGGCGUGCACUUGGGCUGCACAUCGGCCUGUGUGGCUGUCUACAAGGAUGGCCGGGCUGAUGUGGUUGCGAACGAUGCGGGGGAUAGAGUCACACCAGCCAUCGUUGGCUACUCGGAAAAUGAACAGGUUGUUGGUCUGGCAGCAAAACAAAGUAGAGUAAGAAAUAUCUCGAGCACAGUAGUGAAAGUGAAGCAGCUCCUUGGCAGAAGCCCUGCCGAUCCACAAGCUCAGAAAUACAUCUCGGAAAGUAAAUGUUCAGUCACUGAGAAAAAUGGGAAAUUGCGAUACGAAAUAGAUACUGGGGAGGAAACAAAAUUUGUUAAUCCGGAAGAUGUUGCCAGACUGAUAUUCAGUAAAAUGAAAGAAACAGCACAUUCUGUCUUGGGUUCAGAUGCAAAUGAUGUAGUUAUUACCGUCCCAUUUGAUUUUGGAGAAAAGCAAAAAUCUGCUCUGGGAGAAGCAGCUGGAGCCGCUGGAUUUAAUGUGUUGCGACUAAUACAUGAGCCAUCUGCUGCUCUUCUUGCUUAUGGGAUUGGACAAGACUGCCCCACUGGGAAGAGCCAUGUUCUGGUAUUUAAGCUCGGAGGAACAUCCUUAUCCCUCAGCGUCAUGGAAGUUAACAGUGGGAUGUAUCGCGUUCUUUCAACGAACAGCAAUGAUAACGUAGGGGGUGCGCAUUUCACAGAAACGUUGGCGCAGUAUCUGGCUUCAGAGUUUCAGAGGGUGUUCAAACAUGACGUGAGAGGAAAUGCCCGAGCCAUGAUGAAGUUGAUCAACAGUGCUGAAGUGGCCAAACAUUCUUUGUCGACCUUGGGAAGUGCCAAUUGUUUCGUAGAUUCAUUGUAUGAAGGUCAAGAUUUUGAUUGCAAUGUGUCCAGAGCAAGGUUUGAGCUGCUUUGUUCUCCACUUUUCAACAAAUGUAUCGAAGCCGUCCGGGAACUCCUACGUCAGAGUGGAUUCACAGCAGAUGAUAUCAACAAGGUUGUGCUGUGUGGCGGCUCUUCAAGAAUUCCAAGGCUGCAGCAGCUGAUUAAAGAUCUCUUCCCAGCUGUGGAGCUUCUCAACUCCAUCCCUCCAGAUGAGGUCAUCCCUGUUGGUGCAGCCAUUGAAGCUGGGAUUCUUGUUGGGAAAGAGAGCACUUUAGUGGAUGACUCUGUCAUGAUAGAGUGUUCAGCCAAGGAUAUUUUGGUUAAGGGCGUUGAUGAAUCCGGUGCUAACAGAUUCACAGUACUGUUUCCAUCCGGGACUCCUCUGCCAGCCCGAAGACAGCACACCCUACAAGCCCCUGGCAGUAUAUCUUCCGUUUGCCUUGAACUCUAUGAGUCUGAGGGGAAGCACUCUGCUAAAGAGGAGACUAAGUUUGCACAGGUUGUGCUUCAGGAUUUAGAUAAAAAAGAAAACGGAUUACGUGAUAUAUUAGCUGUUCUUACUAUGAAAAGGGAUGGAUCUUUACAGGUGACAUGCACAGACCAAGAGACUGGAAAAUGUGAAGCCAUCACUGUUGAAGUUGCAUCGUAACUGUUUUAGAUAAACCAAGAAUUUUUUUAGAACUAUUGUAUCAACAUUAUUUGGUUUUGUGUAUAAGUGAUGUUUAUAAUAAAAUGCUUUUUCAAUGAA